GCGGCUCGGCGGUGGGGGCCGCGGGAAGUGUCUGUCGCGUCUCUCCCUCCCUCUCAACCACAAUAACAGACGAAGGGCCGGCGUUCGGUGAGGCGGAGGCCGAGCGGGUCCUGGAAUCGGGACGCGGACAGCAAAGCCGGGGUGCUUCAAUCUCAGGUAAACGAGGGAAGAUUUUGAUACUGGAGACAACUCAGCAGCAAUGGGGCCGCGAAAGAAAAGUGUUAAAACCUGCCUCGUGAGUAAUGAAAUCCCGGAGGAGACUAUAUCAGAUGAAACAAAAGAUUACAUGAAUCAGCUGUCACAUGAAGUACUUUGCCAUAUUUUUAGGUACCUCCCUCUGCAGGAUAUCAUGUGUAUGGAAUGUCUCUCACGGAAGCUAAAGGAAGCAGUGACACUGUAUCUGAGAGUUGUAAGGGUUGUGGAUCUCUGUGCAGGGCGGUGGUGGGAAUACAUGCCAAGUGGCUUCACAGAUUCCAGUUUUCUCACGCUUUUAAAGAAGAUGCCAGAUGUUGAGCAGCUGUAUGGUCUUCACCCUCGGUAUCUUGAGAGGCGAAGAGUAAGGGGCCAUGAGGCUUUUAGCAUUCCAGGAGUCCUAGAAGCUUUGCAGGCGUGCCCAAACUUGGUGGGUGUGGAAACUUCUCAUUUGGAGUUGGUAGAAUCCAUUUGGACAUAUAUGCCUCAUGUCCAUAUUUUGGGAAAAUUUCGUAAUCGUAAUGGAGCAUUUCCAAUUCCUCCUGAAAAUAAGCUGAAAAUUCCUAUAGGAGCCAAAAUUCAAACUUUACAUUUAGUUGGAGUGAAUGUUCCUGAAAUUCCUUGUAUCCCGAUGCUAAGGCACCUUUAUAUGAAGUGGGUAAGGCUUACUAAACCACAGCCAUUUAAAGACUUUCUUUGCAUCAGCUUAAGAACUUUCGUCAUGAGGAAUUGUGCAGGACCCACAAAUUCCUUAAAAUAUGUCCCUUUAGUAACAGGCUUAGCCUCUGCCCGAAAUUUGGAACACUUAGAAAUGGUCCGAGUUCCUUUCCUUGGAGGUCUUAUUCAACAUGUAGUUGAAGACAGUUGGAGAUCAGGUGGUUUUAGAAAUUUGCACACUAUUGUUUUGGGAGCUUGUAAAAAUGCUCUUGAAGUAGAUCUUGGUUACCUCAUCAUCACUGCUGCCCGUAGGUUGCAUGAAGUUCGGAUCCAGCCUUCCCUAACCAAAGAUGGUGUCUUUUCUGCCCUAAAGAUGGCAGAGUUGGAGUUUCCCCAGUUUGAAACCCUUCAUCUGGGAUAUGUAGAUGAGUUUUUGCUGCAGAGCAGAAUGGCUAAUGCAGAUCUUGUGAAGUAUGGUUUGGCUGAUGUGGUGGAAAAUCCUGGUAUCAUCACUGAUAUAGGGAUGAAAGCAGUCAAUGAAGUUUUUUCAUGUAUCAAAUAUCUGGCAAUUUACAAUUGCCCCCAUCUGCAUAACCCGUACAAUUGGAUCUCAGACCACUCAAGAUGGACUCGAUUGGUUGAUAUCAACUUGGUGAGGUGCCAUGCUUUGAAGCUGGACUCAUUUGGCCAGUUUAUUGAAUUGUUGCCCAGUCUGGAGUUUAUUUCACUGGACCAGAUGUUUCGUGAACCACCCAAGGGCUGUGCUCGUGUUGGUCUGAGUGCAGGCACAGGAAUUGGAGUUUCCUCAGCCCUUGUGAGCAAUCAGAACUCCAACAAUGACAAUGAUAACAAUGCCCAGAAUAACAAUGCCAACAUUCAUGAUAACAAUCACCAUCAUCCAGAUGACUCAGAUGAGGAUAAUGACUUUCGGCAGGAACUGCAGCCUGGAGAGCAGCAGUUUGCGGCUGAAGCAUUGAAUGAGAUGGAAGACAUGGUACAAGAAGAUGGAGAAGUAGUAGCUGAGGAUGGGAAUGACACUCCAGCUCAUAGUCAGGCAAUUAUUCCUGUGGAUGUUGAUGAGGAACAAGCAGGACCUAGUGGUCUUCAGCGUGUAGUAAAACCAACCCCAAUAACUGUUCAUGAUUCAGAGAGUGAUGAUGAAGAAGACAGUCUAGAACUCCAGGAAGUCUGGAUCCCUAAGAAUGGUGCUCGGCGUUACUCUGAACGUGAAGAAAAAACUGGAGAGUCAGGGCAGUCCAGGGAACUGUCAGUAAGUGGAAAAGGCAAGACUCCACUUCGAAAGAGGUACAACUCCCAUCAGAUGGGCCAGUCGAAGCAGUUUCCCCUCGAGGAAAGCAGCUGUGAGAAAGGCUGUCAGGUCACCAGUGAGCAGAUCAAAGCCGAUAUGAAAGCAGCUAGGGAUAUUCCUGAAAAGAAAAAAAACAAGGAUGUUUAUCCCAGCUGCAGCAGCACCACCGCCAGCACAGUGGGAAACUCCAGCUCACACAGCACUGCUUCUCAAAGCCCCGACUUUGUAAGGACGGUGAACAGCGGCGGCUCUUCCGAGCCUAGCCCUACAGAAGUGGAUGUGUCCAGGCAGUGUGUCUGCUCCCCCGGUGGGUCAGAGGACUCUGAGGCCAUGGAGGAGGGAGAUGCAGAGAGUUCUGUCUGCCCCAGAUGCUGCUGUCACAGGCCCCAGGAAUCCCAAAGGAGAACUAGCAGGUGUUCUGAUGAGGAACGUCCUUCAACCAGCCGAGCCUGUGUUGUGAAUGGCCCGGAUGGUACGAGAUCCGCCUUUUCCUUUAGGACUCUGCCACAAGGGGGGUCUGCAGGCCCAGCACAUGAUGAGAGGACUAAUGGGAGUGGCUCUGGGGCUACAGGUGAGGACAGGAGGGGGAGCUCCCAGCCUGAGAGUUGUGACGUGCAGUCUCAUGAAGACUACCCUCGGAGGCCCCUAACCAGGGCCAGGAGCAGACUGUCCCAUGUACCGCUGGUAUCUGAGUCAGAAGUUGCCAAAACAAAGCCACGUCAUGCUAUGAAACGGAAGCGGACAGCGGAUAAAUCCACUAGUACAAGUGAUCCUGUGAUUGAGGAUGACCAUGUGCAGGUUCUUGUAUUAAAAUCCAAAAAUCUUGUGGGAGUCACUAUGACCAAUUGUGGAAUCACAGAUCUAGUGCUAAAAGACUGUCCCAAAAUGAUGUUCAUCCAUGCUACCAGGUGCAGGGUACUGAAACAUUUAAAAGUAGAAAAUGCACCAAUUGUAAACCGAUUUGACUAUGCACAAUGCAAGAAAUUAAAUAUGGAUCAGGUACUAGACCAGAUACUAAGGAUGCCUCCUGAGAGAAACCGCAUCAUAUACCUACGCCCGAUGCAGCAGGUGGACACACUAACUUUAGAGCAGAAGCUGUUUAGUGGUCCCUACCCCUAUCACAUCUGUAUUAUCCAUGAAUUCAGUAACCCUCCCAAUGUCCGGAACAAGGUGCGCAUUCGCAGCUGGAUGGACACUAUUGCAAACAUCAAUCAAGAGCUCAUUAAAUAUGAAUUCUUCCCCGAAGCGACCCGAAGUGAAGAAGACCUAAAGAAGUACCCCAAGUACCCCUGGGGAAGAGAAAUAUAUACUUUAGAAGGUGUUGUGGAUGGAGCUCCAUACUCCAUGAUUUCUGACUUCCCUUGGCUGAGGUCACUGCGGGCAGCAGAGCCCAACAGCUUCGCUCGAUACGACUUUGAAGAUGAUGAAGAAAGCACCAUCUAUGCCCCUAGAAGGAAAGGACAGCUGUCUGCAGACAUCUGUAUGGAGACAAUAGGAGAAGAAAUCUCAGAGAUGCGUCAGAUGAAGAAGGGUGUGUUUCAGCGAGUAGUGGCAAUUUUUAUCCACUAUUGUGAUGUCAACGGAGAGCCAGUUGAAGAUGACUACAUUUGAUUGGUCCCUGUUUCUUUCCGGCUGUUCUGGCAGAAAGCAUCUGAGACCAUCCAGCUGCCAGAAUGCUCCACAGAGGCUUGGGGCAAGCAGGGGGAAGGUGCUGGCUCAGUUUGAUACAUAGGCAAUAUAUAAGGAACAUUGAAAUUGUAUACAAAGAUUUGUACAUAAAGGAAAUAUACAAAGACACUUCCUAAAGUACCAACUUUAUAUCAUAUGUUUAUACAAUUUAAUUUAAAAAUCCAUUUUAAUGAAGGCAGAUAAUUUGAAAGAGUUCAUUUUCUUUUUCCUUAGUUCAUAAAGUAUCUUUUUUUGACUGAGCCCUCAUUUAUAUGUUCUUAAUCACUGUCAUCCCCUUAAAUCUGUGCCUUUUUCUUCUUGAGCAGAGCUGUUUGAGUAAAUCUGUUGAAGAGUG